AUGUGCCCUCACAGAGAAGCAGGUGGCCACAUAGUUCUUGGCGAAGAUAAAAUUGAAAAUAAGCGUGAAAUACUUCGAGAGAGACGGCAAAGGAGACGAUGGAGCUUAUCUAAGAGUAAAUCAGAAGAGUCACUACUAUCUGCGACAAAAAGACUAGAAAGACAAUCUCUUGGUGACGUAACGAAUAUUGCAACAGCAUUAACUGUCGAAGAUAAAGGUAAUAGCCAAAGUUUAAUCGCAAAUGGUGACUCGAGUUGGUCAGCUAAACAAAUUCCGAGAACUAAACCUAUAAGAAGGCCGGAUAAUCUUAGAUCAGAAGGAAAUGCAGAUUUUACAACGAUUCACCAACAAGACUUUCAGACGAAGUCUUCAAAGAUUCAGCUAAUACAUCCUGCGAGUGAAUCCAACGCCCGAGAAGCAACAGAACAAUCUUGGAAUCGAAGACAGGUAUCAAAAACGCGAAAGAUAGUUAAGAAAGACAAUCUGACUUUAUCGGGUCCACUGAAUUUGGAAACGACAAACAAUGCUGUUUUUAACGAAAAUGUAUUUAGAAAGAAAUCGGAAGAAGAACUGGAUAACAGUGAGCCUUUUAAUAGACCAAGAACAUCGUUAAAACUAAGCGGCGAAUUCCAAUCUGAUAGCUCUUAUCAGCAAGCUUUCACACCAAAACGUGCUAGUGAUAAUUUUAAAGUGAAGAAAGGUACUAGUCGAAGUCAUUUGAAGCCCGAAGGUGAAAUGAUAUUCGAUACCACAUCACUAGAUUACAAGGCCACCGCCUCAAACAUCCAUUCUGAGGACCUAGUUGCACUGAAGCCGAAAAACGCCAGACCGCAAAGUGAAAUUAAAAUACCAACCGGACCGAUAUCAGAUGAAACAACAGCUGUGAACGACUUCAAACGUUGGAAAGUUGGAAAACCGUUGAGACACAAGCCAUCUGAUACAUUUCAACUAAAUGAUGGCUCCGAAACAAAUGGUUUCAGAACAGAGAGUAUGGCAUUUGCAGAUUUAGAUGGUUCCCAAAUGAGGCACCUGUCCGAACGCAUUGCCCAGAAACCGAAAGACAACCUUAUUUCAGAAGGCGACUUUACUUUUGAAACAACACAGGACACGGAUUAUUCCCCAUCAAAGCUAGCUCAACAGUCUUCUGAGGCACUUUCUGAUCACCAAGAAGUGAAAGCAGCUGAAAUAAGGACUUUUGAAAAUGGCUUUGCGGGUGAAAGGAACGAAGCCGUUGAAACUACAGAAGCACAUGGAACAGAAAAUACUACUGAUUAUAAAUCUGCAGAAGCUGCUUCAGUUGAAGCUAAAUCUUUCCAAGAUCAAGAAUUUGCUGGAAGAAAUGAAAAUCAUGUAGAGACUAUUACAAAUGGAAGGUUAAAAGAUCAAACUGUACAAGAGAGCAUGCCAGUGGAAGAGUAUAUGCAUGGAUACGAAGAAAAUGAAGAACACUAUCUAACAUGGGAUGAAAUCCGUCCUAAACCUAUAAGACCACACAGUAAUUUAAGGCAAGAAGGAGAGAUGCAAUUUAACACAACUAAUCGCAGUGAGUUUGUUGAGAGAUCCUCGGAAAGAGUGAAAGGUAUUCGGCCAAAAACUACGACUAAAGUGUUCGAGGGAGACUUCGAUGCCACUACUAUGAAUCAAAUAAUGUUCUCCAGUGAACAAGCAGAAAAAGCAAUUCCCAUAAGACCAAGAAGUAAUCUCCACGUCGAAAAAGGAGAUUUUGUUGAUGAAACCACUACUGCAAAAGAAUUUCAGCAGUGGGAAAUAAAUCGUCCUGCUCCUAUUGUACCGAAGUCAAGUCUUACUCAAGAAGGUUUGAUUGAUUUUACUACAACGAAUAAGACUGAGUUUGAAGAAAAGCACCCGGAAAAAGUUUAUCCCAUUCGACCAACAACUACAAAUAAAAUAUCUGGAGAUUUGAAUUUAACAACAACAAGUCGAGAAAUGCAUGCUGAAUAUCCAAUAGAAAGAGUUCAGAAAAUUGUUCCGCAACCCAAUCUGAGAAUGAGUUCUGGUGCAAUUGACUUUGAAACAACGAGUAAAGCGCAGUUUCAAGACUGGAACGCAGACAGACCAAAACCGAUCCGACCGGUACCAAAUUUACGGCAAGAAGGCUCUAUUGAUUUUACAACUAUGAACCAGAUGCAGUUUGACCGGAAACCUAUGGAAAAACUUCAGCAGUUUCGUCCAAAAACGUCCUCAAAAAUCACUGGUGAUUUUGACGGCACUACAACUAACCAAGUAAUGUUCGAAACACAAGCUUAUAAGAGGCCCGAAAUGAUAAAACCAAGAAAUAAUUUAGAGGUUGAAAGAGGAAAAUUUUCCAGUGACACAACAAAUCAAGUAGAAUUUCAAGCUUGGAAACGUGCUAAACCAGAGGCAAUAACACCGAGAAGUCAACUUAAUCAUCAAGAAGGCGAGAUGGAUUUCACAACUACGAAUCAAUUACAAUAUGCAGCUAAAAGUGUAAACCGAGUGUCAGAAAUAAGACCAAAAAGUGAUCCAAAAAUAACUGGCUCUUUUGAUGACACUACAAUAAACCGUCUCAUGUUUCAGAAUAUUCCAACAGAAAGACCUCGACAAAUAAGACCAAAAACAAAUUUAAAGCUUGAGCAAGGGUCUUUUAACAAUGAAACCAUUAACCAAACAGAAUUUCAAACGUGGGAUUAUUCAAGGCCGUCUCCAAUUAAACCUCGUAGCAGUUUGCGACAAGAGGGUGACUUAGAUUUUACAACCAUGAAUAAAAUGCAAUUUGAGGGUAAAAUGGGAGAAAGAAUGCCACAAGUACGACCAACUACAGCCACACGGAUUGUUGGAGAAGGCGAUUUCGAUGCCACUACUACCAACCAGAUUAUGUUUCCGAACAAAACAGUCGAAAAAGUGAGAGGGAAAAGACCCUCUACUAAUCUUCAUUUAGAAAAAGGAAAAUUUAAUGGAGAGACAACAGCUCGAAGAGAAUUUCAGCACUGGAACACAAAUAGACCAGACGCCAUUGUGCCAACAUCAAAUCUAACUCAGGAAGGGUCAAUGGAUUUCACCACGUUAAACCAAAUUGAUUUCGAGGAAAAACCAAUGACAAAAGUGGAUAAGAUAGUGCCUCAUGCUUCUUCUCCUGUAACAGGAGAUUUUGACGGAACGACCACUAACCAGAUCAUGUAUCAAACGGUUCCAAUCGAAAAAGUUCGGGAUAUAAGGCCACGGGAUAACUUACGAAUCCAAAGCGGGGAAUUUAGUAGUGAAACCACUAACUUGAAAGAUUUCGGUUACAAACCAUCAAACAAACCAGAACCUAUAAAACAUCAGCCAAGUCUUGCCCAGCAAGGAGAUUUCGAUUUCAUAACAUCUAAUCAGAUUGAGUUUGAAGAAAAACCACUCGACAGACCUAAACGAAUGAGGCAAAGAACUCUAACGCAAACAUUAGAUGGUCAAUUUCAUUCAACUUCAACGAAUCAAGAGAUGUUUGAAGCUCAAACUAUGGAAAAAACUAGCGAAAUAAGGCCAAGCAACAAUAUUCAAAUGAACGAAGGAUUGUUUCAAGGCACCACGACUACAAGCGAUGAGUACAGGCAGUGGGUAGCAGAGAAACCAAAAGCAUAUCAACUCGUCACAUCUCUGAAGCACGAAGGUGACAUGAAUUUUGAGACAACGAACCGUUCGGAAUUCGGAGAAAAGUCUUUUGAUAAAGUGCAACAAAUCCGUCCAAAAACUACUAAUAAAACUGAAGGGAAAUUCACAGCAACUACAACUAAUCAAGCUAUGUUUCAACAGCACGAAAAGUUAGAACGCGUGAAACCAAUUCGCCAUGAAAACAAUCUGCAUGUUGAAGCAGGUAAAUUUUCGAACGAAACAACAUCUAACAGAGAGUACAAACAAUGGGUGAGAAUGGAAAAUACGCAAGUAAGAAGAAAGAAAUUAAAUGCUGCUGGAAUACAAACGCAAGGAAAAGACUCAAAUGGCAUAGACGAAAAUCAGAAGGCUGAAAACGCAGAAGAUCAUCAGCUUUGGAAGUUGAAAGCUCUAAGUUUGGAAGCGGGGGAAGAUACUUCCCAACCAACUAAUGAAAAGCAAAAGGCUGAAGACAGCACAUUGCAACAAUCGGUGGUAUUACAUCCUGAUGAUGAAAACUCGAAACAGGAUGUUGAAGGUUCGAAUCAACAUAUUGAAGCGGAAUCUCAAAACGAAAUAGCUCAUUCUACUGAAGUCACCCAAAAAACUACUUAUCGAGAUGUUUCAACAGUAAUGGCGGACUAUGGAGGCAAACUAGCUCCCAGAGUGAAGGCUAUUCGACCCGAUGUGAAUUUAAAACCAGGCGGAAGCAUGUCUUUUGCAACAACAUCAAAAACAGAUUUCACUCAGGCUGACAUAGCUGCUGCUUCAGUCGAUAUGCAGUCAGCUGUACAAAAUGGAGUCAGUGAAAGAUCAGAUGUGCAAGACAUAAUGAAUGGAGAAACCGUUAAAGAAAGUAGUGGAGAAACCGAAGGCCAUGUUGCACUAAACGAGGCACAGGGAACAAUUUCUCAGUCUUCUGAAUCGCAAGACAUUUAUCAGACAGCAUCUCAAUCGUCACAACACUUGCGUACACGAGCACCGAAACGUUACAAGCCAGAUGACAAUUUGAAGAUAGACUUAGUACCAUUUGAAGGUGCCUCGACUACAAAGUCAGAGUACAAGAAAUGGGAAGCUAGACGUUCAUCUUCAAAGAGACGCGGCGAGUCGUUGAAACAGGAAGGGGAAAUGGAGUUUGAGACGACAUCACAUGAUUAUUCAGUUAAUAAGGAUUAUUUCUCGAAUAGACGGGAGAUGCAGUUAAGUAAAGCUCAAGAAGCUCAAAAAAGCAGUCUAGCGGAAAAUGGUGGUAUGGAGUUUUCGACGACAGCCAACACUUCAUACACCGGUAACGCGGGCUCAAGGAGCAAGAAUUUAAGGCCUAGAUCUUCAUUUAAACUAGGAGGUUACGAACCUCGAGAAACUCCUACGAACACAAGCCGGUCAAACCCUGAAACUGGGGCAGACCAUACGUCUACAUCUAGGGCAUCGUACGUCGGACAUACCACCAACAGACCAUCAAGAGCGCAACGGCCAACAACAAGUCAGAAAGUUGGACAGGGACAUUUCGAAGGACAGACUACAACUCGUAGCUCUUUUAAAAUCCCAGUGGAACAGGUGGAAAAAACCAAGACGAUAAAACCACAGAACCACAACAUCCUGGCUACUGAAAACGGAUUCACUGGUGACACCACGUACAGGAAGAGCUUCGAGACUAAAGGUGAUUGUCAUUGUCCUGUUAUUGACUUGCAAACGGGCCGGUCGGGGCUGGCAUUCAAUGAAGAAAGAAAUGGACAUAUCUUCUAUGCCCCAAAAGUACACGGUUGAUUGAAAACAUUUAGCAGAUGUGUACUUUUUAAACUCAUAAAUUCACGAUGAACUCGAUACAUCUUCAUUUGAAAGUCAGUGCAUAUCCAUAUUCACCAG